CUUGAUGACUUAAACAGAUGGAGUCUGCUUCUCAUUUCUCCUUUUAUUUAUCCUGAUAAGUUACUUAAAGCAGAACAUAUAGCUUUUGUGACAGAAAGCACUUCAGCUCAGACAGAUAAUUUGCAGAAAGUACCUGGCUCUUCAAAAGAGAUUGUGAAGUGGUCAGACUAUUGUUCACCGUUGGCCUAUAAACCUGGUGAGCCUUAUAAGUUAAUUGCUGAAGCAAGUGUAGAUAAUUUCAGUAACCUUGGAAUAGCAUUCAUGGAAGACAGGCUUCAAAUGGAUAACGGAAUGGUGCCACACAAGAUUGUUUCUGUCCAUUUACAGGAAUCUACUCUGAAGGAGUUGGCCCAGGUGGCACCAUCUGUAAAAGAGCAAAGUAUAAGCAGUACACAAAUGGAUGAAGUAACUCCUGCUGCUACUUUUGGGACUAUGGUUAAAUCAGAAUUAGGAGUAGCUGAGUCUGCAGGACGAGGUGAAGAGGAGAAAUCCAAGCUAGAGAAAGAUCGUGAGCAUGAAGAUGAAUCCAACGGUCUGUCUGACAAAGAGACAGGUGCUGGAGAACAUCAUCACUUGCAUCUUUCCAGCUGUCAUGAAUGCCUGCAACUUGAAAACAGUACUAUUGAAUCGGUCAAAUUUGCCUCUGCAGAAAACAUUCCAGAGCUUUCUGAUGAUUGCAAAAGCAAACUGGAAGAGAAGAAUGACGACUGUCUAGUAAGAGGAAUAAAGAGAGUAAACUUUGCUGGAAAGUCCCCUAAUGUAUUGAUUUAUCUUGGCUCUGAAACUGCAAAAGUGGAAUUUGAGCAGGUAAAAUCAAUCCUUCAAGAAUGCAUUGGUAUAGACAGCUACACCAUCUACCAGCUGCGUGAGGAACAAGUUCUGAAAGAUCCAUGGAUUGAUAAUGCGCUGCUGUUGAUCAUUGCCACAGAGGAGCCUAUUUCUGAGGAGAACCACAAAGAAUUUAUCAAGUUUUUAUCUAAAGGUGGAAAGAUUCUAGGAUUUUCUUCAUCUUUUACAUUUGAUGGCGUACAAAUAAAGAGAAAAAAAAACCUGAAGAAGACUGUUCAUGAAUUAGUGGUCUCUAAAAUGGACAGCACUGAAGUUAAGUUGAAUCUUUUGCUCAGUGGCUAUAUUUUUGAGGAAGUGAUGAAGGAAGAUACCAAAGUGAAGACAUUGAGUCGAUUAAAUAAUGCUGAUGAAGAUACAAUUAUUGUUCAUGUGACUUACGGAGACAGUGGAGGAGAAGCCAUUCUUUCUCAGGCACACUUGGAACUAGAUAUCAAUUCUAUGGAUGUCCAAACUGAAGAGGAUUUUAAUUUGCUUAAGAUAAGCAACACAAAGAGAUAUGAAGUUCUCAAAGAGAUCCUGAUAUCGCUUGGCCUGAGUUGUGAAUUAAGUGAGAUUCCUAUGUUAACACCUAUUUACCUUCUGUCUCCUGAUGAGUUUCUAGUUUAUAUGUUUAUCAUGUAUCUUAAAGUCACAGUUUUACUACAUGGACUAAAAAAAUCCAAUAAAAUAUGA